GUUUGUGUCGCAAGCUCUCGGGUUUGGCAGUCAACAGAUCUGCAGCCAAACUAAGAAAGGAUGCAUACGAUAUAUUCAAGAGCGGUGUAGCUGCUGUUUUACCUUCACCUUUGGUGCACAAAGCUUUGCAGGUGGAUGGAAACCGUUUACAAGUUGCAGGACGUACUUACGAUCUAAACCACAACGUGAAAAUUGCUGCAUUCGGAAAGGCAGUGCUUGGUAUGAUGACAGCGGCAGAAGAAGUGAUAGGAGAGCACAUUUGUUGUGGAAUAGGCAGCGUUCCUGCAAAUGUGAGGAAAGAGGAUUUUUCGGGUCGCUGGCCCGCGAAGAUCAAAAUAUACAAAGGAGCAAGAGACAACUUACCAGAUGAAAUGGCUCUGUGUGCAGCAAUGGAUAUUUUUGAUCUUGCCUUGAAUUCCACAGAAAAUGACAUUCUUUUAGUGUUGAUGUCAGGUGGCGGUUCAGCUUUGUUGCCUUUGCCAACACCACCUCUCUGUCUUGAAGAAAAGCUCUUAGCCAUCAAAAUUUUGUCUCAAGCAGGUGCAACAAUUCAACAGCUGAACACACUUCGUAAGCACUUGUCGAUGGUUAAAGGAGGCCAUUUAGCUUCUGUUGCAUAUCCAGCUCAGGUUAUUUCAUUAAUUUUGUCCGAUGUUGUGGGGGACUCACUAGACACAAUUGCUUCUGGACCUACCUACCCAAAUCAGAGCACUCCUCAAGACUGUCUUGAUAUUAUAUCAUCUUUGGAUGUUUGGCAGAUGUUUCCAAAGUCAAUUACACAAUUUCUUGAGAUAAAACGAAAUGAAUGUUACAUAGAGCAUACAUUUGAACAUGUUCACAAUGUCCUUGUUGGUUCAAAUCGCCUAGCAUUGUUAGAAUGUCAGAGAAAGGCUCUUCACCUUGGAUAUUAUCCAGUCGUACUGUCAUCUACUUUGGAAGGCGAAGCUCGCAAUGUUGGCAUGGUUUUUGCUACUCUUUGUGCAUCUCUUCUUCAUGGAGACUGGGAGAAAGUAGCUGUGUCAGCUGAGAGUUUGCACUGUGAACAAAACAUAUUGCUGGACCUUCGGCUAGGACAUAAAAAACCAUACUGUCUUAUUGCAGGUGGUGAAACAACAGUGCAUGUUCAAGGUUCUGGAGUAGGUGGUCGAAAUCAGGAGCUUGCUUUAGCUGCUGCAAUAUCGUUACGAGAACUGUUGUCUGAAGAUGAGUUCAAUCGCUGUGUUUUUCUGAGUGCUGGUACAGAUGGUCAGGAUGGUCCAACGUCAGCUGCAGGGGCUUAUGGUACUGCUGAUGUUGUAGAAAUCGCACAACGUGAUGGUUUGAGCCCUCAACAGUUUUUGGAACAAAAUGAUUCGUUUUCAUUUUACAGUACAGUCUGUCAUGGAGAAUACAGCCUCGUCACUGGCCAUACAGGAACAAACACAAUGGAUAUACAAUUGGCGUUGGUCAACUGAUACUAGUAUUUUAGUAAAUUAGACAUUGAUUUGAAAAUAUUUGACAUUUAUGGUACACUGUUUAUUCAUAGGUAGUUCAAUCUUGUUGCAUUUAUUUUUGAAUGCUGACAACAUCCUGCUUUGUAAUGACUACUGUUUCUGGAUAGUAAGUCAUAAU